AUGAAUUUUGGCGCCGGGCGCCCGGAUGAGGCCAAGGCGCCGGCCGUGAAGGCUGACAUCCGAUACAUCAAGUGCGGGGUGUGUGAGCACCUGGUCAGGGAGGCCCUGCGGGGCGUCAAGCGCAUCGCUGCGGAUGUGAAACCCGGUAAGAAGGUUGAAGAAAGUGAGAUCAUGGACAUGUUGGACAAUCUGUGCGACCCAGAUGCUGCAGGGGCAGAGGGCGAAUGGAUAGCCAGAACAGACUUGGUGGAAGACAAUGAAAGGCUGUUGCUAGUGGACAUGCCACAGGUCGGCGAAUGUGGGACAGAGUGUCGGACAGUUGCCCGGGCCUGUGUUGACAUGCUGGAUGACUUUGAUGUGGACCUCGCUGAAGCGCUGUUCAAAGGUGAAAAGAAACGUGCAGCGCUGACAGACGAGUUCUGCCGGCAGUCAGGAAGACCUUGCUCCAAGAAACCUCCACCGCUGCCCCAGACCCGGCCCAGAGGUCCUGGGUUUAAGGCGCUUACUGAGGAGGAGAUCAGAAUGAAGAAAAUGAUGCGAGAGAUGAGUGACAUGGGACUCGGUGGCCAGGUGUUCGACCGUGACAGUGCCAUGCAGCAACUGGAAACAUACAGAAGCAUGCUUGGGGAUGCUGAGGGACAUGCGCAGGGCGACGAUCUAGGCGGUUUGGGGGCCUUUGGAGGAUUGGAUGUCGUGGAGGAGGCCCGUCGCGCGGUCAAAAGGGCUGCGACCGCCAUUCGACGCGGCUGGCAAUGGGCAGCGACGGUAGCAAGCGAGUUUUGGGAGGGACUGAGGGGCGGGACGGGAGGCAAGCAGUCCGUCAGCCAGGAGGAAUUGUGA